ACUGAACUAACCACCCCAUAUUCCGCGGCAUAUACAGCCCAUUGCCGCCUCAGAGCCCACUAAAAGAUUCCAUAUCCUCCUUCGAACCGUCUCGUCCCCUACAGCCCACUCCCAAGCCCCACAGCGCGCUCCCUCGCCCAGCAUGCCGGUCUCCAUCCUCCCACCCUCCGCCCCAAUCGCUGCGCAGCACCUCAAACGCGAAGACUCCGACGAAGAAAUGUCCGACGAUGACCUCCCAACCUCCACCUCCAAAUCCUCCAUAGUAACCCCCGGCGAAACCAUAACGUCCGACCCGCAAUGGAUGCGCGGCCACGGCACCUACGUGCCCGCCGACACCAGCACCAUAAUCUCCACCGUCGCAGGGCACCUGCACAAAACGAACAAGCUCCUCUCCGUCCAGCCCUUACGCGCGCGAUACAACCCCGAGAUUGGGGACCUAGUGGUAGGAAGAAUAGUCAGCGUGCAGACGAAGAAAUGGACAGUGGACAUCGCAGCGCCGAUGCUAGCCUCACUGCCCUUAAGCGCGAUAAACCUGCCAGGCGGUAUCCUGCGUCGCCGAACUGCCGUCGACGAACUCAACAUCCGGACAUUCUUCAGCGAGGGCGAUCUGCUCGUUGCCGAAGUCCAGAGCUUGCACCAGGACAACACGGCGAGCUUACACACGCGCUCGCUCAAGUACGGAAAGCUGCGCAACGGACUCUUCACGUCGCUCUCCGGCGCAGGCGGCGGCAUCCUCUCGCGCCGCGGCGGCGUCGUGCGCUCCAAGCGCCAGACCUUCACGCUCAACACGGCAGCCGGCGAAAUCGACGUCAUCCUCGGCGUAAACGGGUACAUUUUCAUAUCUGCGCAUUCGAAAACCGCGCAGGAGCAGAAAGACGUCAGCAUCACGCGACUGGAGGAAAGCGUGUCCGAGACGCUGUACUCGAGCCAGAACGACGAGAUCCAGCCGGGCGUGUUGAGGGAGAUUACGAGGGUUAGCACGUUGAUUAAGGGGCUUGUGGCGUGUGGGAGUAGGGUCGAUGAGGAUAUGAUUGCGAGGGUGUAUGAGGGCGCUGUGGAGUUGGAGGCUGAGGAGAGGAGUUUGGGUGGUGUCGAGAGGGGUGUGGGCGCGAAGGGAGUUGUUGAGACUGUUCUGGCCAGGCUGGAAAUGGGUGGAUGAAGUACAGCAGGAGACGGAAAGAUGAAGACAGUGAUACUGCUGUUGAGCCAACGGCCUUGAGAACGCGGUCGUCCUUAUCCGCCAUAUCCGCUUGCUCGCUUUCGUAAUCGACCAACCAAAGAGCAACGACGAGACGGUUUUACGGAAGGCGCGUUGCACCUAGCUGAGGAGCCCAGAGGAAGCGUAGCGUACCUUAGCUUUGCAGAAGACGCCACACCCCGAGCUCAGUUUCGGGAUCUUGAGCGAAGGGUGAGCGCGUAUAUCGAUGCGAAAGCACUGCCACGAUGCAUGAUGGGGAUCUCAGUGGAACCGAGACGAAAAUCAUCGAUUGCAUGCAGUACAGUAUGUAGGUCGUCGUACUAUAGACGCAUUACCACCCCA